AUGAUUUCCAACGAGACAUCGUUCAGGGCUGGCUACGAUGGUUCGACUACAAGAGGUGUGAUUGGUGACGUGCAGGCCCGUGUGAUCGACAUACUUUUGAUGAACGUCUUCCCCACGUCCAACUUGAGGAACCAUGUGGCGUUUUCGCGUCCCUACAGAUAUGACGCCCUCACGUUUUAUCCUCCUUUCCCGGUCAGGAUAUCGCACUUCUCGCGACUCAUCCUUCCAUUUGAGCCUGUCGCGUGGCUGUGGAUCGGUGUGGCUGUAAUUUGCGUCGCUGUAGUAAGCAUCAGAGCAGGUUGUCGCCGGUCAUUCAGUGCAGCGUUGCUGGGGACGAUUGGAGUAGUUCUUCACGAAUCGUUUAUUCAUAAGGUCGAACACCUAUCAGCUAGACUCGCUAUAGCGGGAUGGCUUCUCGCGUCCGUGGUCAUAUCCGCGAGUUACACGGCUUGCAUAACGUCGUACCAUAACUCGCCCCCGACCCAUUACGCUAUAGAUGAUUUGGACCGUUUAGCGAAUGCAUUAACCGACGGCAAGAUUGCCGUUUGCAUUAACAACAUGAGCGUGUACCACAGUAUACUGCAUCAGCCCAGCAGCUACAUUCUCCGAGCCAUACGGCGAAGCGUAUACUCCAAACAGAUAACUAAUAUCGGCUCUAGGAGAGAGUGCAUUCAGCGCGUACGACACGGUUCUCAUGCUCUCCUCAGCACUGACUACCACAUGAGCUGGGCCGUAGCACCUCAUGGUGAGAUCCUCGUGCGUUCGCGCGAUAACUUGUAUACGGUGCCGUACGGCUGGACGAUGCCCAAAGGGUCCCCGUAUAUUCGAGCCGUAGAUAAGAUAAUGUCUCAGAUGUUUGAGGGUGGCAUUUUUCGUUACCUAGGAGUUAUGGAUCAGCUCAGAUACUGGAAUGUCUCCGUGCCACGGAUGAAAAGACGCCGCAGUCGUCCCAAGAUGAUACGCACGUCUGAUAUUUCUGCUACGGGGUGCAUUCACCUAGUAGGGUGUGCCCUCGCAACGCUGACGCUUUUUCUGGAAGCUCUGGUGGAGUUUUUACGUGUUACACUCCAAAUGAGGGGUCAUUGA